ACACACACAAAUUUGGCAGAUACAUUGAGGGUUGAUUGGGAACAUAUAUAAUGGAGGGAAACAUGAAGGCUAUUUUCUUAGCCUUAGUUAUAUCUGUAAUUCUUGCAUUUGAUCAUAGCCUUCAAGUUAAUGCUAAUGCUCUUGCUAAGAGUAUGGUCAUUACAUGGGGUAAAGGAUAUGCUUCCAUUCAUGGUGAUGAGCUUGAACUUAAACUUCUUGACAAAAAUUCAGGUUCUGCAGCAAAGUCUAAGGCAGCAUUUCUCUUCGGAAGUAUUGAAAUGCUAAUCAAACUGGUACCUGGAAAUUCUGCAGGAAUUGUUACAACUUUUUAUCUGUCAUCAACCGGUGCUAAUCAUGACGAAAUAGAUUUCGAGUUCUUAGGAAAUGUAACGGGACAACCUUACACAAUCCACACGAAUGUCUACUGUCAAGGAAAGGGAAACAGGGAAGAACAGUUUGUUCCAUGGUAUGAUCCAACUGCUGCUUUCCACAACUACACCAUCCACUGGAACCCAACAGCGAUUGUGUGGUACGUAGAUGGCAUAGCAAUUCGUACCUUCAGAAACUACGAAAGCCAGGGAGUUCCAUACCCAAAUAAACAAGGAAUGAGAGUUUAUACAAGUUUGUGGAAUGCUGAUGACUGGGCAACAAGAGGAGGUCGUGACAAGGCCGACUGGUCCCACGCUCCAUUCACGGCUCACUAUCGCAGGUUUAGGGCAAGAGCUUGCAAAUGGAACGGACCAGUCAGUAUUAAUCAGUGUGCCAGCCCUAAAAACUGGUAUACAUCUCCGGUUUACAACAAGCUAUCUAAUGCUAAAAAGGGUCAAAUGGAUUGGUAUAGAAACAAAAGUAUGAUCUAUGCUUAUUGCAAAGAUACUAAAAGAUUCAACGGAGUUAUGCCAAAAGAAUGUUCGUUACCCCAAUUUUAGUUCAUUUUCAUCAACAAGUUGCCAAUGACACUGUCAAUGGUGGAUAUAAGUUGGACAAAUUUCUGUUUUACCUUUUCAUUCAAGUGUUUGUAAGGGAUGAUGGUACGAUCUAAAGCCCUAAAAUGGUUUCAGUAUCGUUUUCUUUUAAUUUCGUGCUUACUUAUGUUCAUCUUCUACGCUUUUCGGAAACAUAACUAUAAGUUAUCUGUUUGUUGUUAAUUUCGUUUUUUCUCAUUUUCUCGGCAAGUGUAAUAAAAAAACCGAAAAUGGGUCAUUUGUCUAAAAAAA